CGCAGCCAUCUCUGUGGUGCUCUAUCGUUGAAGAGGAAAAAUCUUUAGAGCUCCGUACCAAUUCGGCAAAUUUCCUGUUCCGGUUAGUGUUAUAACCGUUCGGUAGUGCUUCCGGUGGCAACAUUUUCGUCGGAAUGUCACUGGUGAACUGUGUGUGACCCCGAAAAUCAAUGUUCAUUGGCAGUGAAGAUUUUCUCUUCGGUAUAAAAUUGUGAAUGGAUUUUUUUCGAUGUGAAACAUAAGUAUUUUUCCUUAGUUUUAUUGCUCGGAAUGUUGGUUCUGUCUGACCGUCGAUGUUGCGUGGUUUUUGUUGGUAAUAUUCAUGAAAGUGUGAAGUUCGUUCGAUGAAAGCAUGAAAGCAUUUUUCUUUACAAAAAUAUAAAUCACCGAUGGAAAGUGUGAACGAGGAAAAGUAAUCUAAAAGCUAGCGAAAAAAGAGUGCGACGCAUGCACCACAUAGGGAAAGAAGAAAAAGUGGUAUCCAGUGUGGAAGUUGUGUUGGUGAGUUGAAAAAAUUGCAUCCAGCGUUUUCUAUAAAAUAGAAUGAUUAUCCAGUGUUAGAUGAAAAUAGCCUGGAAGAUUAGCGACUGGGAAAGCAGACAUUUGAUUACAUCUCGUUGAAAUUAGAAACAGUCCAUUAAAAAUCCUGCGAUUGAUCACUGGAGAACUGUCAUCAAUAGCACACGCACACACCGAAGACGGCAGUGAGAUUCCUAUUUGAUUGAUUUUUGCUGCUGUGAGUCUGUUUCUUCUUCGUUCUGCCUGUGCCAACUGGCUGACUGCCACAUUCCGGUUCUCCAUGCUUGGAUAUUUCCGAGCUUCAGAGGACUAGCCGACGACAGCAACAGAAACGUUAGAGGACAGUGUGCAGAAGCAGAAGGGCAGUUGGUGAACGAACUUGCCCGUGGCGGUCCCGCUCGUUCGACUCAUCUAUCGUACGUUAAUCACCGGAUUGUACCAGCUAGCUACGUCGGUCGGGCGUCGAAGACGGACGGUUAAGUAAUCAUCGAGGGGUAAUCAAAGUGCGAAAAAGUGCCGUUUGUGUUUACAAAAUUAUUCAGUUUCCUUUGCGGCUUGACUCCGGUUGCCCAACGCGUAUUAUUGCCAUACAAAAGUUCUUAUUUACGUGAGUCAGUGUUUGCUGGUACUAGCUAGUAGUAAGAAAAAUUGGCUCCACGCGUGGCCAAGUAAAGGUGUAUCUCUAUACGUUGUGAUCGAAAAGGAAAAAAAGAGCUAAAGAUAGCGUGAAAAGCCAUCUGGGUGCUAUAUUGUAAUUAACGUCAUUUUUAAUACCAUUCGUGCGAAGAAAAGUAGCUGUGUUUAGGCACUUGGUUUGGCCUAAUCGUCGAACGGUGAGAUAGUGGCACAGUGAGGAUUGACCUUUCGAUAGCGGUCCAUCCGUACUACGGUCUGCAGCGAUAGCAACAGCAGCAGCAGCAGGAGAAUGUCCAGCGAAGAGGACAAACCGCCGGCACCGCCGGUUCGGCUUACCAGCAAUCGUGGCGGCGGCGAUCGAAUCGACAGUACCGCGCCAGUUGACAUGAAACCCCUGCCGAAAGAACCAGACGAUGUCGAUCGGAAAAAGAAAACGCUCAAAAACAAAAUCAAGGUCUCCAAAGCAUCCCACAAUGACUCGAAACCGAACAUUUCCUAUCCGACCAAUUUCGAGCACACGGUUCACGUAGGAUUUGACGCAAUCACCGGCGAAUUCACGGGAAUGCCAGAGCAAUGGGCGCUCAUGCUGAAGAACUCCAACAUUAGCAAACAGGAACAGAAGAAAAAUCCGCAGGCGGUAUUGGAUGUGCUCAAUUGGUUCGACAAUAGCAGCAAGCAACGACCCAGCUCCAAGUAUAUGACCCAUGGUUUGCACACCACAACGCACUCUGCAUCGUCCAUAGGUUCCUCGCUGAGCCGAGUCAGCAGCAGUAGCCCGAGCAGCACACCGACGGAUUCGGAAUCGCACGGUCCCGGCGGCGUCAGUCAGGUACACCUCUCCAGUUCCCACUCGCAGGCCUACAGCUUAGGGCCGCUCUCGUCGCACCACAACUCGACCGGCGACCACGACAGCGACGAACUCGGAGCCCUCAGCAGCGGUGGCAGCAUCAGUGGCAAUGGCAUCCCGCCGCCAAUUGCCAGCCGACCCGAGAGGACCAAGUCUAUCUACACGAGGCCUAUCGAUGAGCCGACGCCGAUAUCACCGCCAAUACCUCCGCAUCUCAGCAGCAGCACGACGACCGGCGUCCGCAGUCCCACGUUCGACAAGAACAAGAACUCGACGACGAUUCUCACAUCAACGGUGAACACCAACUCGACGACGGCGGCAGCGCAGGCCCAAACGCCGACGGCCGUCGCCUGCAAUCUGAAUAACGCCAACAAUCAACCACAGCAGCAAGCGACACCAACGGGCACGACGACGACGGCAACCGCGACGGCAGUGCCCGCAGUAGGAGGAGGGGUUGGAGUGACUACCACGACCCCGGCGGCAAACAAUGAGCCCAGCACUCAGCAGCGCGCUAAUCUUAAGAAGAAGAAAAUGUCCGACGAGGAGAUUCUGGAGAAACUGCGAACCAUUGUCAGCGUGGGCGAUCCAAAGCGGAAGUACAACAAGAUGGAGAAGAUCGGUCAAGGUGCAUCAGGAACCGUGUAUACAGCUAUCGAAAGCUCAACCGGUAUGGAGGUAGCUAUCAAGCAAAUGAACCUUAGUCAACAGCCCAAGAAGGAGCUGAUCAUCAACGAGAUACUUGUGAUGCGAGAGAACAAACAUCCGAACGUGGUCAACUAUUUGGACAGUUAUCUCGUAUCCGAAGAACUGUGGGUAGUGAUGGAGUAUCUACCGGGUGGCUCACUGACGGACGUUGUGACGGAGACUUGCAUGGACGAGGGUCAAAUAGCGGCAGUAUGCCGCGAAGUGCUACAGGCCCUUGAGUUUCUGCACAGCAAUCAGGUGAUUCAUCGAGACAUCAAAAGUGAUAACAUUUUGCUCGGUUUAGACGGAAGCGUAAAGCUGACCGAUUUCGGAUUUUGCGCGCAAAUUUCACCGGAACAAUCCAAGCGAACAACAAUGGUGGGCACACCGUACUGGAUGGCACCGGAGGUGGUUACACGGAAGCAGUACGGACCGAAGGUCGAUCUCUGGUCACUCGGAAUCAUGGCAAUCGAGAUGAUCGAAGGUGAGCCACCGUAUCUGAACGAAAAUCCGCUCCGGGCGCUCUAUCUCAUUGCCACCCACGGCAAACCGGAAAUCAAGGAAAAAGAACGACUUAGCCCCGUAUUUCAGGACUUUCUCGACCAGUGCCUAGAGGUGGACGUCGAUCAGCGAGCAACUGCUUUCGAGCUAUUGCGGCACCCAUUCCUGAAACUGGCACGGCCACUGGCCAGCUUGACACCGCUGAUUAUGGCAGCUAAGGAGGCAACCAAAGGGCACUGAAACGAGGCCAACACCAGCACCAAGGAUGCCGAUCCUGAGAUGAAGGAAGCUACAAUCGUUUCCUCAAAACAUUAGCGCGAUUAGUAUGUAUGUAUGUUUGUGCUUGUAUGCGAUUGGUAAUGAGUUAUGGAUUUACAAUUUCGCUUAUCAUAUGAAGUCAAUCACUUGUGGCAAGUGAUAAUGUAUGCGUGAGCGCAAAGCGUUUGCGGUGUGCAAAGUAAGGAGCUAAUAUUAUAAUGAAAACGAGCGCGAGCGAUUAAGUCAACAAAUUUUAGGUUUGUAAGAUAACUAAUGAACUAUUGCAAGUACUAUAUUUAAAACAUGUUACAAUUAAGAAGAAAAGUCUAAGAUAGUUGUUACAGCGGAAGCGUGUUCUUCCUAUGCGGAACAAUAACAGAGAGAGCGAAAGCGCGCAGUGCUACAGAACAUAAAAAAUAUACAAAUCAACGUAAAUCAAGCGGCGAAGAUUAUGAUAAAAUUAGACAGUGUGGCUCAUUGUGGUGUGAAACGAUUGUGUAGGAAAUGUAAAUAUAGAAUACAGGCGUUAAGGAAUCAGGUAAACAGCAAAAACACCGUUUUUGCACUCAUUUUUGGUCAUCCCUCCGGCAUGCGAGGAUGGUCAAAGGACUGAUACGUGUUAAGAAGCCAGAUAGUGUGUACAGGUAGCCGAGGGAAGCAAGUUCAAGUUCGCUCAAAUGCAUACAGCAAAUGAAAAACGUAAAACACGAAACGAAAUUCAAUAUAAAAUAACCAACAAACCAAACAAAAAACGCGAAAGUGCCUACACCAAGUGUAUGUGUCCGCAGAAUAUUAAACUCUAAACCACAAUCAGGAAGCAAAAAAACAUAAUUUGGAUAAUUUACCCACUGUUUAAAUGUGAGCUUGUUUCAAAGGCAUUGACAAAAAAGUUUACAAUUUUCAUUGUUUAAUUGAGAAAAAAAUCUAAGUAUUAAUCACCAUUGAGCUGAAAACCUUCUACUACGUUCUAUUUACAUUUCUCUAACAGUAUCUCUACUUACUAUUGCUGAAACCGCUACGUACUAACCGACUGCUUAUCGCUAUUUUGUGAUUGUAUUGUGUGUUUGCAACAAAUCACAAGUUAAAAAUGCAAAAAUUAAAAUUAAAUCAUCCCUCUCAGCGCAAAACUCAGCACAUGCGGGCGGGGAUUGUUCCAUUUCUGUCUUUCAAGAGUUGUUAUUUUGAGUUUGGCUUUUAAGUGACACAAGUGGUGUGUUAUACGAAACAGCAGGAUCGACUGUAGAAAUCUGUAGCUAUAAAUAAAAAAAAUUCAUUUACAAAUGUACAAAAGAACGUCUAUCUUGCAUUUUUUAAUUUGUUGCACUUUAUAAUCGUGGCAUUUCAUUUUUAAGUGUUUACCCUACGGAAAAUCUUUUUUCAUAUAACAAAAAUUGUUUGAACAAAUUCCUGGAAUAAAAAUUUACCUAACACAAGCAUCUUUAUUUACGCCUAAUUUAAAUACUCUGACAUUAUUAUAUCGACAAUUCCGUUUGUAGCUUCAAUCAAAAAUUCCUUUGUGCUCGUCUUUUGUCAUCGACGAAUAGAGUAAUUAUUUUCAUUAUUUCUAGUGUUUCGAAUUGAGUACUACAUAUAAUAGUUAAAUUAAAUUAACAAUCGCGUUAUUCGAUGCAAAAUAGGCACCGCACCUGACACCAAAAUGAAUCGAAAGCCUACAAAAGACGCGUCACAGAUCAGCAAACUAGCUAGCAUACCUGUCAAGAAGGAGUAGGUACGUGACAAAGUACGGAAGCGGAUAGCGAACAUCAGAGCAGAAUAAUUCUAUCAUCUACCAAAAUCAGCAACAGCAGCAGCAGCAGCGCCUAAAUCUAAAUCUAUGAAAUCAAUGAUUGCAAUUUAUUACAACAUUCUGUAUUUAUGGUACAUACACGCAUGCGUAUAUAAUUAGUGACAGGAAGUAAAAGAAAAACAAUGUAAACUUUAAACAAAUUUAAUAAGGUAGCGACGCAAAACCCAUUCGCAAUCGUAAACUGCGACGAACCGAGAAAGUAUAUACCUAUAUAUACAUAUUAGGUAAUAGUGUGAAAUGCUAAAUAUAUAUUAUAUGUAUAAUCUUCAGACUUACCAGUAAAAGAGAACGAAAGAUAGAAAGAGAAAGAGGAAAACGUAUCUUAAGUAAAAAUGGUAAGUGUACUAUUGGGUUUAGUUUGACAACACUUAUUGUAAUUAUAAAUUAUACGCAAAUUGAGAAGAAAAAUCUACAAUAACUCAAACAUGUAUCAAACACACAUUUAGAAGGAAAAAAGUAAUGAAAUUUAGAGAAGAAACUAAAC